AUGGCGCAAAGAAAACCGUCAAAGACAACAAACAACAAAAGGUCAACGCAUAGAACAACCAGCAUAGGAUGCAAGCUGAGAAACAGAGCAAAGGACUAUGACGAAAUACGAAAAAGAGUGGAGGAAAACAUCAGCGAGCCAAUAGAAAACCCCAAGCACGCACGGUGUAUAGAAUGCGAUAGAGUAAUGGAGGCCAACACGCUUGAUAAGCACCGAAAGUCAAGGGAUCACAAAAGAAGGCUUAAGGACCUACUAGAGGAUGCUUUAUUAGAACAGGAUAGAAAGAAUGGGUUAUGUUGA